AUGUCGAGUAAAACAAUUUUGUUUGCUUUAGGUGGAGAGGCUUUUGUCAAUUUGCUUUUUAGUGUUUUGACGUUCCCAUUAGGAGUUGUUGAGCACUUGCUAAAUGCAAAUUCUAACAUGGGAAGUAUCGAUAAUCUUUACAAGUUUAUCAUUGUUUUGGGUCGUUGUAAAUAUUUCAGAUUCCCUGAUUUAAAGGAAAUGCUCCUUAAAACUGAACAUGCACACAAGUUUAAAAUCUGCAACCAGGUGUUUCCAAUUGAUGAAGCUCAUGCUUGUAAUUAUGCUUGUGUCACUAAGAUUAACAUGUACGGAGAAGUAAUUAGCACCAAUUUAGUUCGUUCAUCUGGGGGUUCUCAUUGGUCAAAUGAUUAUGCAAGUGUUCAUUUGAAGUAUCUAGAGCCACAGUCAUCAACUGGAGAAGCAUAUAACAGAUCUGGUGGAAGAGGUUUCACCAAGAAGCCAUCACUGUACAUGGUGAUUGAUGACUUGGUUCUCACACCAGGUUUCUCCACUUGUGCUUAUUCGGUUCUGGCAAAAUUGAAGAUUCCGGUUUCUGAUGAUAGAAUCAUUUUGAAAGCUUCUUUGAUCUCACCAUCUUCUAUCACUAAUGGUUUAGGUGAAGAAUUCAACCGAAUAAAGAAAAGAAGUUGA